GGAGACGCGACGCCGGAAGUUCCAGCCGUGACCCCGGAAGCGGUUCCUCGGGACAAGAUGGCGGGCCGCUGGGACGCUCCAGAGCUGCCGGAUUUCGACAUUUUGAAAAGAUUCGCCAGGGAUCAACUCAUCUACUUACUGGAGCAGUUGCCAGGAAAGAAAGAUUUGUUUAUUGAAGCUGAUUUGAUGAGCCCUCUGGACCGCAUUGCAAAUGUCUCCAUCCUGAAGCAACAUGACGUGGAGAAAUUGUACAAAUUGGAGAAUAAAAUGGUUCAGGGAGUGAGUGACCAACUGUGUUUCCUGGUCCGACCCCGGAUAGCCAGUGUGAAGCACGUUGCAGAAAUCGUCAAUGCAGACAAAGCUGGUGGCAGGCUGCGUAAAUACAAAAUCAUAUUCACUCCUCAAAAGUUCUUUAUGUGUGAGACUGUGCUUGAGGAAGAGGGAAUCUUCGGAGACGUAACCUUUGAUGAGUGGGCCUUUUACCUGUUGCCUCUGGAUGAUGACAUCAUCAGCAUGGAGUUGCCUGAGUUUUUCCGUGACUAUUUUUUGGUAAGUGACAGGCUUUGGGCUGAGGUCCAGCCAAGUCUCUCCAACAAAUACCUUUCAGAUAUUGGAGCAUGUGAGUCAAUUAUGAAGAAGAAAACUAAACAAGACUUUCAGGAGCUGCUGAAGUCUGAACAUGCACUAUUGGAGGGAUUUGAGAUCCGAGAGAGCACCAGUUGUGUGGAGGAGCACAUUAACCGGCAGAUUUCGCCACUUGAGAGUCUUCGGCUGAUGUGUCUCCUUUCACUGACAGAAAAUGGAUUGAUUUCUAAGGAUUAUCGUUCAUUGAAAACUCAGUAUCUGCAGAGUUAUGGUUAUGACCACAUCCUUACAUUUGCCAACCUGAAACAAAUUGGACUGCUAACAGAACAACAGCCUGGAGAGACACUGACUGCAGUGGAGAGCACCAUGGGGAAGCUUGUGACAGACAAAGCAGUUGGGAAAUUGACCGAUGCCUUUUCAUCUUUAGCCAGGAAAAGCCAUUUCAGGGCUUUGAGCAAACGACUGAAUCUGAUCCCCCGCACUGAAGAAGAGUAUGAUUUGAAGGUGCCACGGAACAUGGCCUAUGUAUUCAGUGGUGCAUACAUUCCAUUAAGCUGUAAGAUUAUAGAACAGGUACUAGAGCGUGACAGCUGGGCAGGAAUGGAGGAGGUGUCACGCUUACUAAACAACAAUGAGUUUAUCACAAUAGAAAGAUCCUUGGAUGCAGGAUAUUCUUGCAAUGCACAACGUAUUAUUCUUGUGGUGUUUCUUGGAGGCUGCACUUUUUCAGAAAUUGCAGCGCUAAGGUUCCUGGGUAAAGAGAAAGGAUACAAGUUUGUUUUUGUUACCACAGCGAUCACAAACAGUUUUCGGAUGCUGGAAUCUCUGUUAGAAUCAUAAAAAUGCAGCAGUGUCGUCAGUAUCAGAGCUACGGAGAGAUGGAGCAAAAUUAAAUCGAGCAGAAAAGCCAAAAGAAGAACUUGAGUCGACCUCGCUGUAAAUUAACUAUCUGGAGUCUAAUGGUGAUAAGCAUGGAGUCACCAACAUCUAAUAAAAACAUGGGCACAUUCUGAGAUUUAAACCUUUGCAUGUGGCCAAGGUUUUUUGAGGGUGUUUGACAUCAAUGGGAAUCCCCUCAGAUAAUGUUCUGACUGUAAUCAGAUUACUCAAUCUGAACAUGGAAGCUGGCUGAUUGUGUUGCAGAAAACCACAAAGGGAGAGGUUACUUGUUCCAUCUCACUGGUACUCUUCAAUUGAAGCAUUUCCCUUUAAUUUAAUUUUCCUGCCCCUUCCUUGUACAGUGUAUAUUUUUAUGUUCCUCCGUUUACAAGUUUUAUGCAAUUUAAUUGUAACGUGGUAUAAUGUUGCUACUUUAGUAGUUAAUGCCAGAAAGCCUUUUUGAAUUGGACUGUUGUAGUUCAUGGUAAGAUCUUUAAGUAAUGCUAACAUUUAUUACUAGUAAUAUAUGAAAGUUUUGGUUAUUGAGGAUGUGAAAUUUCACCUGUACCGUUAGCCUUAGAAUUGUGAAGCUGUGUUGUGCACUGAACUGUGUUUGUCUACGUAAUGUAUAAUAAAUCUGUUUUAUAAAA